CUCCACCAGAUGGCGAUUCCAUGGAGAGACGAAAUUCUAUCACAAGGUUUUCGAUUGACAACCACCGUUCCAUUCUGGUUUUGGAAAUUAAUAUUUGGGCUAACAUUUAGGUACACCAUACGAUUCCUCAUAUAUUAUUUGUCCUGCUAAGGAACUCAUGCUGCUUAGUACAUUUUCAAUAGAAUGGAAGACGAUGGAUUUUUUGGUUUUGACACUUCUUUGCCGUCUGUCAGAAAAGGCCCCAAACAAGAGAUUGGUGAUGUUGAACUUGAAGAUACUUAUGAUGCCUUGAAUGAUGAAACCUUUGGUGUGAUAAAUGCAGAUGAUGAUUGGGAAGAGGAGCAUGAAAAAUUGGCAGAGUAUUUAGGAGAAAUUCCAAGACAAGAAUAUGCUAAGACUGGUGUAGGAUAUAAUGAGGAAGAUUUCGAAGAAUGUGCUUAUCCUGGACCACAGCCUGGUCAUGUGAGAAACAAAAGAGUUGAUAAAACUGACAAUGUUUAUUUUGAAGCUGACAAUGAGGAUGCAGCUAAUGUUGCAGCAAGUGUUUCUCAAAUCUUACUGGAUGACGAUGACAUUGACACCAUUAUUUCUCGGCCUAUCAAUUAUUCUAGAUCAAUGGAGACUAAGUUGUUUGGACAAAUGUCUCCACAGUCAUCCAUAUUUGACACUGACAUUGUUGGAUCCCCGUCAACAACAUCUAUAUGGUCUACAUUACCCUCAGAUAUAAGAAAAUCCUCAGAGGAAAGUCCAAAAGCCAUCCCUGUGAUUCCAAAUGGCAACCCAAUUCCAUCCAUGGGAAAUCACAAUUUACUCCACGAGGGAUUGUUUAAGACCGUUGAAGAACUUGAGCGACAUUUGCUCCAUCAACCUAAACGGCUAACAAUGGAAGAGCUAGAACGAAAUCUUUUGAGUAAUCGACCAUUACAUACAGGAUCCAUUCGCUCGGUUGAAGAAAUCGAAGCCGAGUUAACAAGAGCACAACCACCUCGACAAGUUGGGAUGAUGCCGCCUCCUCCUCCUCCUGCUCAUCUACAAUCAUACUUAAGGCUACCUCCACCUAUGGCGAUGUCUCUGCCUCCGCCUGCUAGACCUCCCAUGCCGCACCCUGUGCAAAUACCCUUGCCUGUACUAGGGACAAGGUCGAAUGGCCAGAUGCCAUUGCCGUCUCAGUCUUCGCAGUGGACACGAAAACCUCUGGAACACUUGGAACAGCAAAGCCCGCCAUUUAGUGCUACACCUAUGAGCCAUAGCAAUGAGAAAAGAAAAACGUUUGCCGCCGAAAAUUAUGACGAUUACAACGGAUUAAUGUCAACCAAAGAAAAGCAAUGGCUUAUGAGCAUUCAGAUUAACCAAUUAAUAUCUGACAAUCCAUACGUUGAAGACUAUUAUUUUACCGUGCUUCGAUUAAGAUGUCUUGGAAAGCUUCACCCCAGUCGCGAUGGAAAGGAAGGGCCUAAGUUAAUUAUGCCUGAACGAGCUAAAACAGAAUCAAGAACUUAUGCACCGACGCAGUUUGCUAACUCUUUAGGCAAGCUUCAAGUUGUAACCUACACGGCACCACGCCGCAUAAUUGACGUAAGCAUUUCUCACACCUCUCCCGAAAUGAAUCAGGAUCCACAAGUGGCCGUCAAAGACAUGAGGAAAUUCAAACAAAUUUUGCUGGACAUUGAGAAGAUGUAUGUAUGGUUGCUUGAUUUGGAAGAUUCUGAAAUGCGAGUAGAAUCGCUACCGAAAGAUGCGGAACCAGGUCCCCAUCAUCUGGCAACUAUAGAGUAUCAGCACAAACUUCAGUCGUUUUUGGCGGCCGGUGACCGCCUUCAGCAAGUCAUGCUCGUCCGGAAGGGAAAGAUUUUGGUUCUUCGCGCAUGGCAUCGGUUUAUCCCACAAUUUCAAGAAUUGAUUGUCCGCACCAUUUUGCUGAAUUGCCUCAUUUUGAUUCGGCGCGAUAACCUCGACCAUGUUUUAGUACGUUUCCUGCCAUUAGUGAACGAUGUACUAGCUGCAAUUGAAGAUCUACAAGGAGUUGUAAGCAUGGCUCAGUUAAUUGAUGCUGCCCAAAAGAACAGUGGAUAUGUUAGUGUUACAUCCACGAAGAUGGGUCUCGACUUCAUAAGCUUGAUCAUGUGUCGAGGAACAGAACUUGUGCCUAAGUGCUUAGACGGCCAUACAAAAAGUCAAUGGUUUGCGUUUGCGCGUAACGUUGGCAAUUCCCUUCUUGCCGCUUCCACCACACUGAAAUCGGAUCUUGGACUAUUAAAUUUAGAGCAUUUCCAACAAGUUGGGAUGGAAGAAUCGAAGCUCAGCGCUUUGAAAAUGGUUUUAGAUACUCUUACUAACGCUGGACAAGAAAUCUAGAUGAUUAUCUCGUAACGAACAAGAGGAAUAACAAAGGUGUUGUUUAAAUGAAUUGCGCUUUGCGAGGACCGGAAAAUUCUUUACAGAAUGAGAACACCAA